AUGCAAGGCAAUUACUAUUCAGGCUCAGACUCUCUUUUCAAUCCAUUGUAUGAGACCUCAAACGGAAAUAUGCCGCUCGCUACAUCGACAUCAAUGUCUAACUCAGAUAUGGAUACAUUGGCGAUGCAGCUCAUGCAAUUGAACCUUCCUAAAUCGUCGUCCAAUCUUCAAUCUCUGCAAACUCACAAAGGGGCUACUUAUUCUUCGAGCAACGACUUCUAUAUGUCCUGGCCCACGUAUUCCAAUCAAACGGCCAAUGCUGUCUCAAAAGCGCCUUCAAAUAAUCAGUCUUCUGCAUACAUGAAUAUUCAACAGCAAAGACACAUAGACCAGAGAGGCUCUCAGACGCAAAAGUCAGGCUCUCCGGAGUCUGUUGCGGAGAUCGAAGAUCACAAAAUUCAGCUUGAGCUAAAAGAUUCUAUCAUUAAAAAGCUGGAAGAGGAGGUUGCGAGAUUGAACACAAUUCUGAGGGUUUCCGAUAGUGAUGAUAAUAAGAAAACAUUUGAAAUACCAAAGAAUCACGAACAGUUAUACACAAAGCUCACAGAAAAGCUCCAAGCUGCCCAAGAGGAGCUGGAGGAAACGAAGCUUAGACUGGAAGUCGUUUUGACUGCUGUUGCAUUGAACCCGAACCAGUCGAUCACUAAGACUGGGAGGUACGACGAGGAGGAGAUCGCGCACAAGAUCAUUACCAAGAUGCAGAUGCUGACCGAGGAGAACGAGGAAAUGGCCAAGAUGCUGAGCUACGGCAAAUCAAAGGAGAAGGAUAUUGAGAUUGGACUUUUGAGAAAACAGAAUGUAGAGCUGAAGAGCAAGGUUGCCAAGCUAGAAGUCAAAUUGAAAGAGCUUAAGAAAUAA